UCCAGACCUCUUUGCCACGUAGCAUCUCUUGUUCCUGUGAGUGGCAUUAGAUUUCUAAAUUUUUAAAGAAUCUCGAGGAACAUCCUUCCGCGACCUUCAGCUCACCACGUCCUUCUAGCCUCCGUCGGUCGUUUCCUUUUGUGGCGCCAAAAGACCAAUCAAGACUACACGCGUAGACAAAUCUCAAUCGCACAUCUUCACGCACCUUCCACUUUUGCAUUAUGGGCCUGUCCAUUUCUAAACUAUUCCAAGGCUUAUGGGGCCACAAGGAAAUGCGUAUUCUUAUGGUUGGUCUUGACGCGGCUGGAAAGACUACCAUCUUGUACAAACUCAAGUUGGGCGAAAUCGUUACCACCAUCCCCACCAUUGGAUUCAACGUCGAGACGGUAGAAUACAAGAACAUUAGCUUCACUGUUUGGGAUGUCGGAGGUCAGGACAAGAUUCGGCCAUUGUGGAGACACUACUUCCAAAACACGCAGGGGAUUAUCUUUGUAGUAGACUCUAAUGAUCGUGAUCGAGUCGGCGAAGCCCGUGACGAACUUCAGCGUAUGUUGAACGAAGACGAACUCCGUGACGCUGUUCUCCUCGUGUUUGCCAACAAACAGGAUCUCCCCAACGCUAUGACUGCUCCUGAAAUUACCGACAAACUUGGUUUGCACAGUCUCAGGCAGCGUAACUGGUUCAUUCAGGCGACGUGUGCCACAUCCGGUGAUGGACUGUACGAGGGACUGGAGUGGUUGAGCAACACUCUGAAGAGGAAGGCGUAAAGAUUAUCGCUGUAAUGGAAAAUUGAAAUAUACGUAUUUGAAUCCAUCAUGACAGAGCAAAUUCUGUGCUUCUCCCCACUAUGCUCCCAUUAACUCUGGCAUCAACAGACAGGGAGGACUGUUAUGUAAAUUAUUGUUUCCAAAUGUACAUAAUUUCCACUUUCC